UAGCCUACUCUUUUUACAUUACACAUUGAAAGUCAGUGACAUCUUCAAACUUGUGAAUAUCUAUAUAUCCAUCAAGAUCUAAAGUAAAUAUAACAAGAUUUAUUUCUCAUUUUCAUGCAGAUAUUGAAAGCAACCUCUCAAGAGUUCUAAAGUUAAUUAAGAGUGAAGACGAAAGAAAAAAAAAAGACAACUCAAGGAAAAAGACAGAACUUGUGAGACUAAUUGAGGACUUCUACAAUCAGUACCAGUCACUGUAUGCACUGUAUGGUCGUCUUACCAGAGAAUAUAUGAAAGCACCUCCUCGUAGAGUAAAGAGAGUUUCUUCCCUCUCUUCCUCCAGUUCAGAUGACACAGGAUACUUUUCUUCUGAUGACACAGAAUUUGAUCAUUCAGAUUUCAACAAAAGAUUAUCACAAAGGGAACGUUAUUCUUCAUUUGUCAAUACUCUUGAAGCUCUCAAGACUCCAAAAUCGACAGAAACAAAUGAAUUUGAAGCACAUGAGGUGAAACAGCUACGCGCAAAGAAUGCUGAACUUGAAAAAGCAGUGUCAGCGUUAAAUGAAAAACUCAAGAACAAUGAGGAACAUGCAAUGUCCAAAACUUUGGAUUUGAUGGCACGAAUUAACAAGCUCGAACAAGAAGCUAAAUCUCUUCGUAAUAACAAAGGAAAAAUUGAAGAAAGAAUGAAACGUUCUAGAAAUGAAGCAUUGAAUCAAAAGAAGGAAUUCACUGAUCAGAUUAAUGCCAUGCAACAAAGCUUCGAGUCUGUACGCAACAACAACACAGAAUUGGAAGCUCGUUUAGAAAAUGAGAGGGAAAAUGUUUCACAAUAUUUGAUUCAGAUAAAAAAUUUGGAGGAGAAUUUAGCUGAAACUGUUAGAGCUAAACAAAGUCUGCUAAAAGAGAAACAAUGUUUCAUUGAAAAGAUAAAGGAUUUGGAAUCUCGAUGCAGCAAAGAAAACGAUUUGGAAGAACAAUUAAGAAAUGCAACGUGUGAGAUAAACACGUUGCAGGAACAGAAAAUCGAGUUAGAGUUACAAAAUGAACAAAGCCAUUUGGAGGAGAAUUUAGCUGAAACUGUUGCAGCUAAACAAAGUCUGCUAAAAGAGAAACAAUGUUUCAUGGAAAGGAUAAAGGAUUUGGAAUCUCGAUGCAGCAAAGAAAACGAUUUGGAAGAACAAUUAAGUAAUGCAAUGUGUGAGAUAAACACUUUGCAGAAACAGAAAAUCGAGUUAGAGUUACAAAAUGAACAAAGCCAUUUGGAGGAGAAUUUAGCUGAAACUGUUACAGCUAAACAAAGUCUGCUAAAAGAGAAACAAUGUUUCAUUGAAAGGAUAAAGGAUUUGGAAUCUCGAUGCAGCAAAGAAAACGAUUUGGAAGAACAAUUAAGAAAUGCAAUGUGUGAGAUAAACACUUUGCAGAAACAGAAAAUCGAGUUAGAGUUACAAAAUGAAGAAAGCCAAAAGGAAUUUUCGAAGUUGAAUAAACAAUUGACGGAAAGUAAAAUGGAUGAGUUAGCAGAAGGACAUCGACAGAAAAUGGAAGAUAAUAUACAUAUAUUGCAUCGGAGGAUCCACGUAGCAGAACAACUGAAUAACGAAAACAAACACAGUUACAAAUUGACAAAGCAAAAGUAUGAGGAAGAGAACAAAAUGCUUGGUGCAAAAAUUGCUGAUUAUGAAGAUGAAAUUAAGACGCUAAAAGCGAAGGUGUGGAAAUCAGAAGCUGAUGUGAGCAAGCAUGGAGGGGAGAAAAUGAAUUUGAUGAAAACAGUGACACAGUUUGAAAGGAAAAUGGGGAAAUUGGAAAAGAAACUGAAACAGAAGGAUGAUGAACUGGCUAGCCUUGCAGAGAACAAGAAGGAAGCAAUAAGGCAGCUUUGUUUUUUGGUUGACUUUCAUCGUGAUCGUUCUUUCUAUCUAAAGGAUUUGAUAUUAAAAAUGAGGAUAAAGAACAUGAAGUGAGUUUGUUGAAAUGUACACUUUCUCACCAUAUUUGCAUGCCAA